AUGCGUAGUUCUCUUGGACCUAAAAACCUGUUCUUGUCUAAACUUCAGAACUGUAUUCCGAAUUCAUGGAAACAACAACCCACAAAACCCUUUCACAAACCACUCGUUUCUACUGAUUCAUUAUCUUUCUCUAUGGUUCCUGUUCUCAUUGCAUCCCUCAAAGAUUUCGUCACUCAUGGCCAUUUAUCAAAUGCAUUCAAAACCUUCAUUCACAUACAACACCAUGCUGCAACUUCUUCUUCUUCAAAUGCUUCAUUUGACCUAAUCUUUCAACCCAUUAAACAUCUUCUAUUGGCUUGCACCAAUCUCAAGUCUCUGCCACAGGGUAAACAGCUUCAUGCUCAUAUUAUUUCACUCGGUAUUGAUCAAAAUUCUAUCUUGGUUUCUAAGCUUAUUAAUUUCUAUGCAAGUGUUAAUUUACUUGAUGAUGCUCACAUUGUUACUGAGAGUUCAAAUAGUUUGGAUCCUUUGCAUUGGAAUAUGGUUAUCUCUUUGUAUGUUAGAAAUAGUUUCUUUGAGAAGGCAAUUUCAGUUUAUAAGAAAAUGUUGAGUAAGAAUGUUCAACCAGAUGAUUUUACAUAUCCAUCUGUUCUUAAGGCUUGUGGGGAGUUAUUAGAUUGUGAUACUGGGGUGGAGGUUCAUAAGUCUAUUCGAGAUAGUUCUAUUAAGUGGAGUUUGUUUGUGCACAAUGCGUUGGUAUUUAUGUAUGGUAGAUUUGGGAAGCUAGAUGUUGCUCGUCACUUGUUUGAUAAUAUGUCCGUUAGAGAUGAUGUUUCUUGGAACACUAUAAUAAGUUGUUAUGCCUCUAGGGGUAUGUGGGAGGAAGCAUUUCGGUUAUUUGGACGUAUGCAAGAGGAGGGUAUUGAAAUGAAUGUUAUUAUAUGGAAUACCAUUGCCGGAGGGUGUUUGCAUACGGGAAAUUUUAAAGGGGCGCUUAAGUUGUUUUCUCAAAUGAGAAUGGCGAUUCAUUUGGACUCUGUUGCUAUGGUUGUUGGAUUAAAUGCUUGUUCUCACAUUGGGGCUCUUAAAUUGGGAAAGGAGAUUCAUGGUCAUGCUGUAAGAACUUGCUUUGAUGUGUUUGACAAUGUAAGAAAUUCAUUAAUUACAAUGUAUUCAAGGUGUGGGAAUCUCAAUCAUGCAUAUAUGUUGUUUCAGAAAAUGGAUGAAAAAGGUUUGAUCACAUGGAAUGCCAUGCUUUCUGGAUAUGCUCACAUGGAUCGAGCUGAGGAAGUCUCCUUCAUUUUCAGAGAAAUGCUACAUGAGGGUGUUGAACCUAAUUUUGUGACCAUUGCUAGUGUCCUUCCCCUUUGUGCUCGAAUAGCAAAUCUACAACACGGUAAAGAGUUUCAUUGCUACUUGGUGAAGCGUGAAGAGCAGUUUAAUGGCCAUUUAUUAUUGUGGAACUCACUAGUGGAGAUGUAUUCAAAGUCCGGCAAAGUUUUAGAAGCCAGGAAGGUCUUUGAUUCAUUAAGUAGGAAAGAUGAAGUCACAUAUACUUCCAUGAUUAUGGGAUAUGGUAUGAGGGGUGAUGGAAAAACUGCUCUAAAACUAUUUGAAGAGAUGCACAGUUCCUAUAUUAAACCAGAUCAUGUGACAAUGGUUGCAGUUUUAAUAGCUUGUAGUCAUUCUGGCCUUGUAGCACAAGGGCAAUUGCUAUUUAGAAAGAUGAUAGAAGUCUAUGGAAUAAAUCCAAGGGUUGAGCAUUAUUCCUGUAUGGUUGAUCUCUUUGGAAGGGCUGGUCUUCUUGACAAAGCAAAGGAGGUUAUCACAGGGAUGUCAUGCAAACCGACUUCAGCAAUGUGGGCCACUCUAAUAGGAGCUUGUCGAAUCCAUGGAAAUACAGUGAUUGGGGAAUGGGCUGCAGGAAAGUUGUUGGAAAUGAAACCUGAUCAUUCAGGUUAUUAUGUGUUGAUUGCAAAUAUGUAUGCAGCUGCUGGUUGUUGGAGCCAACUAGCAAAAGUGAGGACUUGUAUGAGGGAUUUGGGUGUGAAAAAGGCUCCUGGUUGUGCGUGGGUUGAUGUUGGUAGAGAGCUUUCUCCCUUUUUAGUUGGAGACACUUCCAACCCUCAUUCAGACGAGAUUUACCCCCUGAUGGAUGGGUUGAAUGAACUCAUGAAAGAUGCUGGUUAUGUACCUAGUGAAGGGUUUAUCUCAUCUGAGGAAGAUUUUGAGGAGAUGAAUAUUGUAGGGAACACAUGCUGA